GACACACGCUGGUGGACACGGCCUGUGUACGCGUGUGUACGCGUGAGUGUGUGUUUAUCGAUUUUUUGUGCUUGCGACACGCGCGCAUCCGGGGCGACCAGUGGUUUUGUGUUCCGUUCAGUUUGAACGCUCGGCAGUGGUAUGAGCACAUCCGUAUCAUCUCCGGCAACCGGAGGUGGUGCCGGUGGUGAGGUGGCUACGGCAGGCGGUGGCGUUAAAUCAAGCUACCGGCUCAGCCUGAAGCGACAGUCUCCGAGCUACGAUGGUACCGAUUUGGGUACCGGGUCACGCGAACCCUGGAUUUCGACGAACAAAAUCCUCAACAGCAGCUACUGCGGACGGCGCACCAACAGCCGCAAUCCCAACUUUGACUACGACGAAUCGAAACUACUCAUCUCGCUCUGGGGUGACCCGCACGUCCAGAAGGCGCUCAUUACGACGCACAAAAAGCACCCGGUCAUUGCGGAGCUGGCCCGCAAGAUGCGAGAGCACGGUUACAACCGGUCAACCGAGGAGAUCAAUACGCGCAUCAAGAACCUAAAGUGUUUCUACAAUCGCAUCAAGAAGGACAUGGCAGCGGGCCUCAUUAAUCAAACCACCUGGCGGCAUUACGCCGAUAUGGACGAGAUUAUCAGCCGGCCCGUGUUCGGUAACCGGAAGAAAUCGGACCACGAUUCGCUGGACGAGGAUGGGCGGAGUACGCAGAGUUUGGAGCUGGAACCACCGCCGCUACCAUCGGACGAGCCGCUUCCGGUGAAGCUGGAGCUGAUGAGUGACGACGACGACGACGGCGGCGGCAACCGGGAUGACGAUGAACCGAGCGAGAUACGGGCAGAGGAUCUGCUGACGAUCGAUGCCAGCUUCCCGGAGGAAACGAGUGCGGCCGCUUCAUCGUCAUCGUCCUCAUCGGGAGCAGGUGGCGGUAGUGGCAUCGCCAAAAAGUCCUAUCCCUCUGCUGCGUCGCGUAGCAACGGUAGAACGACCCACGCCGGUGAGGCCGCCGGUGCUGGCAGGAGCAGUGAGUCAACAGCAGCAGUGUCUGUCCGCAAGGGUAGAGCUGGUGGGAAUGCUGAUUGCCGACAGGAUGACGAAGACGAUGACGAUGACGACGACGAUGAGGACGAUGAUGAGGAAGAUGAUGAGGAUGACGAUGACGAUGGUAGUGAUUUCGAUGUCGAAAAUGAAUUCAACGAUGGAUUGGAUGAAAUCUUACUGAAAGCACAAUCCAAAGGCAAUUCUUCGGCAACCGGCUCGAAGACGAUCGCCGGUAAUGGCAGCAACUGCGGUAGUUCGACGUCAGACAGCAUCGUCACUAGCAAAGGUUCUGGGACCAGCGGUUUGGUGAUCGAGAAUGUAACUUCCGGCAGCGGAGCAAAACCGAGCACUUCGAUGGCAGCGGCACCACCACCACAGCAGCAGCAGCAGCAACAGGGAAAAAUUUCGGUCGUUCCAACGAAUUUGCUCCUCAAAUCACCUUCAUCACUGCCCAGCAGCAGCCUCAGCACACCGAUUCAGAUCUUUACGAAACCGACGGUCAGCCUAGCAACGGCAGUCGGUGGAUCGACGGUGAAGCCGACCACGAUGGGCAUUGGAACGGGCGCACCGACCCCCGGAGCACCGAUGAAGCUUCUGCUCGUCAAUACCGUCGGUAAGGAUGGUACCACCAAGCAGAUACUAACACCGGCCGGUGAUAUGACCACCCUGCCCAAGCUGAUGCCAACCGCGACGUUGAAGCAGGGAACGACGACGGUACCACUGUCGCUGGCAUCGACGAGCGGCGCUUCUCAGCAGAUCAUCAGCAUACCGGCGAAUGUGGCACCGAACAAAGUGCCAACCAUCGCCGGAGUGCAUUCCCUGCCGAAGCACAUGCCCAUCGGUCGUCCUCCGGGACUGCCCGGAACCGAGCGUGAAUCAGCCACACCAUUCAAGGCACUGCUCACGCAGCUGGUAACGAUUCAGCGGGAAAACCUGGCCCUCAAUCAGGAACGGUUGGCGCUCGAGAAGGAACGGCUUGAGUUUGAGACCAAGUUCGGUGGGUCGUUCGUCAGCAUGAUCCAGAAUAUGAGCACCUUCUUCUCGAACAUGCUUAAGCACCAGCGACAAGAUCUGCAGCAAUCGAGGCAAACGGUAGCAACCAAGGAAGGAGAGCCAGUGCAACCAAAGGAGACAAAAUCGGUGGAAAGCAAAAAACCGGAGAGCAGCGCUUCCGCAUCUGCAGCCACCAGUGAACCACGGACGCCGGAAGUCAGCACGCUCGAUCCGAAGCAACCUACAGCAGCACCGGCAGCCACAACGCCGACCAUUACCAGUACAUCAGUGGCCAUUGAAUCACCAACGCCAGCUACGGCACCGAUCGGGAAACAUCCACUUCCGGCGCCACCGGCAUUGACGCCGCUUGUGGUAACCGCGAGCAAGCCUAACAAUGCCGAUGAGACCGUCGGUACGCCGUUGCCGAAGAAGCGUCGUAUGAUGACACGCAAUGCGACCCAACCGGCCACGAGCACCACGGAGGAUCCAUUGAAAACGGAAGUCAUCAGUGACAAUGACGAUCAUCCUCCACCGCGCGGUACCGGUCUCCGGUUAAAUCUGGGAAGCAAUUUUCUGACGCAACGGAAAAUACAAGCCCGCCAACGAUUGCGCCUAGCGCGGCAUCAGCACCAGCAGCAGCAGCAGCAGCAAGGAGCAUCCGGUUCCGGUACCGGGACCUCGCCUGCGAGUGGAAAUCGUCGCCCCAAGUACAACAUGUGGGUUUCGACGAACAAAGUGCUGAUUGGGUCGGUCGGCGGUCUCAAGAAAACGCACUGCCGCAACCCAAACUUUGACUCGGAGGAAACGAAACUGCUGAUCUCGCUCUGGGGUGACCCGCAGGUCCAGCGGACGCUCAUCACCACCCACAAGAAGCACCCGGUCAUUGCGAAGCUGGCGGAGAAGAUGCGCGAGUACGGGUACAAUCGGUCGACCGAGGAGAUCAAUACGCGCAUCAAGAACCUCAAGUGUUUCUACAAUCGCAUCAAGAAGGACCUGGAAACGGGUGUCGCGUCCGAGACGUCCUGGAAGCACUAUCAGGCCAUGGACGACAUACUGACGCGGCCAGUGUUUGGGAACAAUCGGCGAAUCCUGGCGGCCCGUGAGGAUACCCGCGGUUCGCGUUCACGAGGACACGGCGAUACGGGCGAUUCAGGCCCCGGCUACUCGGCCGAUGGAGGAUCCGGCAGUGACGUCCCCUCGGGUGAGCCCGCGGGAGGGCAUCUGGACUCGAUCGGGGUGAAGCUGGAGCUGGCAAGUGACGAGGAGAAGGAGUUGCGUGCGGUUGAGAUGUUGAUGCGGAACGCGGAACAGGUGGAGCUGCGGGAACCGAAUCUGCUGAUACCGAAGGACGAACCGAUGGAGAUGGAGGAAGAGGACGAUCCGAACGAUCCGGACUUUGAGCAUGACGGUGGCAGCGAGACGGAUGAUGAAAGUUCCGGCAUGGAUGAGGCUGAUAAAAGCGAACGAUCGACACGUUUCCGGCGACGCACCAAAAGAGUCCACAAACCGAGUAGUAAAGCAGCGGCAGCCGCAAAUGCUGCUGCCGGUGGAGGAGGUUCCGGAGAAGGACAGUCAAGUGCGGCCAAUACGAUGGGCAGAUCGUCCAGCGUAACAUUCGCAGCAUCGGCUGCAUCCACUAGCAGCAGCCAGGCCGUUCCCGUGCCGGGAACGAUCAAAAUCAUCAACUACAGUGGCGGUGGUAAGGUGAGCAUCUCCACCUCCACCGUCAACGCCAGUACGGGAGCGACGGUAGUGACGGCCACGGCUGCACCAACGCUCGGCGGAAUAACGACCCAAGCCGGACGUUCAGGAGCGGCCGCAACGACAACGACCCAGAGCAAGAUAUCGCUUGUUCCGACGAAUUUCCUGCUAAAACCGCAAGCAUCGGGCAUGGGAUUCAAGCAACCGAUACAGCUCUACACCAAGCCAACGGUUACCAUCCAGGGUGGUAAGGCAGCAGCUCCCGGUUCAAACCCCGGUUCAAUACAACCGAUCGUCUCGAUCGGUAGCGGCACCACACCCGGUUCCGUGGCCGGACAACCGAUGAAACUCUAUCUGGUCAACACGAUGCCAAAGGAUGGUUCGGCACCGAAGCAACAGCUGAUAGCACCGGGUGGCACAUCGCAGCUCUACGGUGGCACUUCGGCGGCCUCCAUCCCUGGCAUGCCCAUCCAACCCAAACCGACCAUCAUGACGACCGCGUCCGGUGCGACGCGCAUUCUGCAAGCCAAAACGGCACCGGUUACCGGUGGUACCGGUGGUGGUGGUGGUGGUGCAGCGCUGCGAGCUCCUCUCGGGUUCCCACCGAAAAUGGGUGGUUUCAAGACGCUACUGAACCAAUUGGUCGGACUGCAGCGGGAUAAUCUGGCCAUCACCCGGACCCGAUUAUCCGCCGAAAAGGAGCGGUUCAAAAAUGAAAAAUCUGUCGCCAACUCGGUGCUUCGGGCGCUCGGUGAUCUGAACGAGCUGCUGGUCGGUAUGAACGCGGAACUGGAAGCCGUCGGUGCAGUUGAGGAGAAGCCCGUGGAUGCGGGGAAGUGCUCACAAAUCCAAAUCACCGAUGUGCGCCACGAUCCGCACCGUCGACCGUCGGUGAACCAGGAGGACCGGCAAGGGACUCACUCCGCUGCACCCGGCAGUGAGGAUGAGGAAAAUAUGAAAACCGAAAUUAUCAGUGACUCAGAGGAGGGCUAAAGUACAGGAGGCAUUUAUGAUAUUCAUGAUAGGAAAUCAUGCAAAGAUUUAUCUAAGAAAAGGGGAAGUGUUUAUUUGUGUGUAAUUUAAACAAUUUAAUAUUAGUGUAAAGGCAAUCCGGUGCCCAUCGUACCGUAAGUACUUAAGAAAAGGCAAUAAAACCACGAUAACGAGUUAUUUGAUUUAGUUCGCUAGCGCUCCCUAUCGGUUUGGUGCAGAACCAGCGUUUGACAGCUUUCUUAAGGCCUCCGCAAACUUCAUGCGUAGCGGGGCUCC